AUGUCGAGCUUCAGUGACUGCGCUGUGUGUGGCGAUCAGAGUUCCGGGAAGCACUACGGCGUGGCCUGCUGCGAUGGGUGUUCGUGCUUCUUCAAGCGGAGCGUGAGGCGAGGCAGUAGCUACGCCUGCAUCGCCCUCGCCGGCAACUGUGUGGUGGACAAGGCGAGGAGGAACUGGUGCCCCUCCUGCCGCUUUCAGCGAUGUCUGGCCGUGGGGAUGAACGCCGCCGCUGUUCAGGAGGAGCGCGGUCCGCGCAACCAGCAGAUCGCUCCCUACCGGAACGCCAGGAGACAUCCGCCGCAGUCCGUGCCAGUGCCAUGCCCACCGCCGCAUUCCCAGGCGCUGCACUUCCAGAUUCUCGCCCAGAUCCUCAUCACAUGCCUGCGACAGGCGAAGACCAACGAGCAGUUCGCGCUCCUGGAUCGCUGCCAACAGGACGCCAUCCUGCAAGUGGUGUGGAGCGAGAUCUUCGUCCUGCGAGCCUCCCACUGGUCCCUGGACAUCAGCGCCAUGAUCGAGGGCUGCGGCGAUGAGCAGCUCAAGCGCCUCAUCUUCGAGGCCCAUCUGCUGAAGGCCGACGUGCUGGAACUAAAUUUCCUAGAGUCCCUGAUAUUGUGCAGAAAAGAACUGGCUAUCAGUACAGAGUACGCCGUUAUCCUGGGAGGUCACUCGAACGCCGCCCUGGUUUCUCUAGCACGUUACACUCUUCAGCAAUCCAAUUAUUUGCGGUUUGGCCAACUCCUCCUCGGUCUGAGGCAGCUCUGCCUAAAACGCUUCGACUGCGCUUUAUCCUGUAUGUUUCGCACUGUGGUUAGAGACAUAUUAAAAACACUUUAA